AUGGCAGAUGACAGUGCGCAGGGCAAAGUACUGCUUCGGGACAUUUUGGUCAAGUUCGACUUCGGCGAAACCGUCCAUGUUGAUGCUUUGGGGGCUGCUGUUCUCAUGAAAGCUUCGUCCGUGUUUCGCAAGAUGCUCACGCAUGACAUGCGGGAGAAAGUUCAUGGUGAGAUCGAGCUUCCCGGCAAGGAUGCCGCGGAGUUCGAGGUGCUCAUGAAAUUUCUGUUGCCGGGGAGUGCUCGACUGCAGAGAUUAUCCGACGAGACAGUGGGCUUCCUGCGGAAGUGGAGCGAAGAAUAUAUCAUCGAGGGCUUGAAGGAUGAAUGCGUGCAGUUCAUUUGCACUGCCAAAGCCUCAAAGAAGAUUUUGAUCGCGGCCCAGGAAUUGAACAUGGAGACCCGCGUCAAGGAGUGUGUGGAGGAGCUCCUGGCCUCGGGUGAACGGGAUUGGAAGGAAUGCUACAGCAAUCAUGCUUUGCUGCAGACCAUCGUCGAAUGCACGAUGCGAUUCUUGGGGACUUCUGGGGCAGGACAGUACCGUGCCGCCCCGAGCAGCUCUGCAGCCUUGGGUGUCACUGCAGACAAGCGCGUGGGCACCGGUGUCAACUACAUGGGGCCACUGCCCUCCUCCAAGGGCUUCAUCGGCAAUCCGGCGGACAAUGUGAUGCCCACAGCGAUGCUGGAUCACAUUCGCCUCUACCGGCGAGUGCAGCUGAACUGGCAGGCUUACGACGCUUACGCCCGGGUGAGCCUUUUCUGCGGGGCCAACUCCUUGCUCUACAGCUGCCUGUACUGGGCACUCGGCUCGUUUCUUGGUGGACAGCAUGCCGGCGUCGCCGCCAUUUGCGUGGCGCUGGUCUUCGCGACGAUCCAGGUCAUGUUGACGAAGCUGGACUUGCGCUUGAGGGCCUACCACCUUCGCCGCAUAGCGCUGCUCUUGGCCUUCACGCCGUUCGCCACCACGGCCACCGCUCUCAACGUGAUCCCGUCCCGGCAGAACCUCUUCCUCCCCGAGCAUCGUCGGCGAGGCCCGCGGGCGCAUUGGCUUCCCUGGGAGGGAGUCUAUUCCGUGGGCUCUCACGACUCCGCGGAGCUGCUCGUGAGCCCGCGGCAUGACCGAUGGACUCGCAAACUCCAGGAAUCUGCAGACGCUCCAUACCGACCUCUACUCCUCGAAGAGGAAGUCAAGAAAGCAGGCACGCCAGCGACCCCGAGGACAGAGCACGAGCUCAGCCUUUCGGAAGCCGUUUUCAACCUCGCCAACACUGUCCUGGGAGUCGGCGUGCUGAGCAUCCCGUAUGCCUUUCGCCUGAGCGGCUAUGUUUCGAUACUGUUGAUUUUGGUGACCAUCCUGGUCACUGCACAGACGGGUGUGUUCAUAGGUUCAGCAUUGCAGCUUGCCAGCAGGAGCCCGCAGGCAGCCUCGGUGCCUCCACGAGGCCGGGACUUUACCUUUUUGGCUCACGUGGGCUUCGGAGGUCGAGGGGCCGCACUCAUCGCCUUCGUGACCAGUGUUGAAGUUUGGUUUGCUCUCGUCACCUUCAUGGUCAUGAACGGCGUGAACGUCUCCGUAGUCUUUCCGGAGGUCGGGGCAGGCGUAGCUUCCGUGACCUCCUGUAUCCUUGCAGUCGUUAUGGUCUUCAUCCCAAUGCGGGUCUACUCCUACCUCUCCGUGGUGGCCUCUCUAGCUUUGGCUGUGGCUGCAGUGGCCCUCGUCGCUGCGGCCUUUACCAUGAGGGAGUGGGCGAAUCCUUACGACCACUUGGGUCUUGACGCACUGCUGCAGCUGCAGAACAUUCCCCGUUCGGUGGGCAUCAUCGUCUUCUGCUUCGCAGGACAUCCUUGUUUUCCCGUUGUCUACGAGUGCAUGAAGGAGCCAAGGCGAUGGCAGUCUUCCAUUAGCCUAACCUUUUUCCUCGCCUUUGUCUACUACGGAGGUCUCGGCGUGUUUGGCUACCUGGUCUUCGGCGAGGACUUGGAGGCGUCCGUCACGAAAAACCUCGCCUCGCUCCCGCAGGCGCGCUUUUUCCGCCACAUGUCGGCGCUCGCGUUUGUCGUUAAAAUCCAGCUGACAGCCCCGGUGCUGAUGAACGCCAUUCUGGUAUCCCUCUGGCCGCCUAGUGAGAUGGGCCCCGAGUGGACGCGCGGGCGCAUCGUGGCGCUCUUCGCUCUAACCGCCGCCACGGCGCUCACGGCGCUGCUGUUCUCCUCGGAGAUCGCGGUCGUGGCGGCUUUGACGGGAAGCCUCUUUACCAUGGCGACCUCAGUCAUGUUCCCUGCGGCGGUUCACCUCCGGCUAGCGGCCAAGUAUGGUGAGGGGAAGAGCUUCUUCUCGCGCACAUACUUGCCGCACCUGGCGGUCCUCGUCUUCGGAGUGGUCAUGGCUGCGACAGGGACCUACCUGUCCGUGAUGGACAUGGUUCGGAAGCUGGUGAAGUCCUAG